CAUGGACAUCGCUAACAGCUGACUGCGAUAAGAACCGGCCCACCCCUAUCAGAUAACCUAGAGCUUAAAGCUCCGGUCGUCCCCCAAUCAAAGCUCCCGACCAGCUCCAAAUCAAGAAUGCAUUUCUCGGCCUUUUUUACCACGUUCCUCCUCAGUGGCCUCGCCGCUGCCUUACCAUCCAACGAUGCGGCCUCGGUCCAGAUGAUCGAUCUCUCUACCGCGUCGCGCCCCACCGUCAAAGAGGCCGCAGUUCAAGCGCGAAAGCUACUGCGCUCGGAGACGAUCUCGACUCUUUCUACCGUGUUUCCCGCGGGAGAGAAGCAUGGUCUUGAGGGGCAGCCGGUCGGGCUGAUGGAGUAUUAUGCCGAAUGCUCUGAGAAUGGGAAUCCUACGCUCUUAGGCAUGCACAUAGCGACCUCCUUCCGCAACACCGUCCCCGACAACUCCACCAUCUCCCUCUCGGUGCGCCAACACGCGCCGCACAUGUUCUCUCCUGCAGCACACCCACGUCUCUCGCUCGUUGGCAAACUCAAGACCAUCGACGACUCUGACGAAGCCGCACGUCUGAAGCGUUGUUUCACCACUCGCCACCCAGACGCGAAGAUCUGGACACCCGGAAACAAGAUCCACGAGAGCUACUGGGUGGCGUUUGAGGUUGAGAGCGUCUACUGGAUUGGUGGCUUCGGGAAUGUCGCGUACAUCGGGUGGAUCCCGAAGGAGCUGUAUCAGGAGGUUAAACUGCCGUGUGUCGAGGGGGAGGGGAGUGGGUGGAGGAAGUUCUUGUUUUGGAAUCAGGGACUGUAAAGGUUUCUGGGUCAGACGUUUUGGAUCUGUUGAUACGCGCGCAGGCUUUGCUCCAUUGUACACGAUUAUUUCCUUGGCACAUAAAGGACCAUCAAAUACAUAUACCAUCUCUGUCAUAGUCUGAGCAAAAAACAAUGCCUCAUAAGCCCCAUUGGGGCAAAAGAGAAUGCAUCCAUCGGGAGUCGAACCCGAGCCAAUUGCUUGGAAGGCAAUUAUCCUACCGUUGG